AUGAAGUUGGCUUUGCACAGGAUUUCAGGCACCACAAUGAGCACGUUAACAACAGGUGUCCGGUAUCUUGGCUCCAACGACGCCAGCUACGACGACCCCUCUAUUGACUCAAGCCUGAUUAAGAAUGAAUUCCAUUUUGAAAAACCUCACUCUGCCUCAAUCAGUAACUCCCUCCCUGGACUUGUCCCUGGAAACAAGGAGGUCAUUUACACUGGUUUCCCUCCCAUUUUCCCCACCAACAUAUCAGACUUUCUGCUGGGUAAUGGCACCUCUGUGGAGAGCGGGGGAGCGGCACAGUGUGCGGAAAACUUUGUGGACAACAUGGAGUGUUUUAUGAUUCUGACUCCUGGUCAGCAGCUCGCAAUCGCCAUCUUGGCACUCACCCUGGGUACAUUUACAGUCCUGGAGAACCUCAUGGUGCUGUGCGUUAUCCUGCACUCUCAGACGCUUCGGUCUCGGCCUUCCUACCACUUCAUAGGCAGUCUGGCCGUGGCUGAUCUAAUAGGAAGCAUAAUUUUUGUCUACAGCUUCCUGGACUUCCAUGUCCUCCACAGGAAGGACAGCCCUAAUAUUUUCCUCUUCAAGCUGGCUGGGGUCAUCGCUUCCUUCACUGCCUCUGUGGGAAGUCUGUUUCUCACUGCGAUUGACCGAUACAUCUCCAUCCACAGGCCCAUGGCAUACAAACGCAUCGUCACAAAGACUAAAGCAGUGAUUGCCUUCAGUAUGAUGUGGACAAUCUCUAUUGUCAUCUCACUGCUGCCACUGCUGGGCUGGAACUGCAAGCGUCUCAACUCUGUCUGCUCGGACAUCUUCCCUCUAAUCGACCAGAAGUACCUGAUGUUCUGGAUCGGGAUGACAAGCAUCUUGGUCCUGUUCAUCAUCUACGCCUACAUGUUCAUCCUGUGGAAGUCCCACCAUCACGCUGUCCGCAUGCUGAGCCGCAGCUCCCAGAGGAGUGUAAUUGUCUACACUGCAGAGGGCACUAAAGUUCAGACGGUCAGGCCUGAGCAGGUCCGGAUGGACCUCCGCCUGGCUAAAACCCUGGUUCUGAUCCUGGUGGCCCUCAUCAUCUGCUGGGGCCCGCUGCUAGCCAUCAUGGUUUAUGACCUCUUUGGGAAGGUGAACGACUUCAUCAAGACUGUGUUUGCCUUUUGCAGCAUGCUGUGCCUGCUCAACUCCACUGUGAACCCUGUGAUCUACGCCAUGAGGAGCAAAGACCUGCGCAGGGCCUUCCUCAACAUCUGCCAUAUGUGCCGGGGAGUGACACAGCCUCUGGACAACAGUGCUGAGAGUGACUGGAACAGCAGGAGCGUGAGAGGCACAGCAGGCGGGGCGGGGAAAGAUGGAGCCGGCUGUGGAAACACCCGAGUAAAAGUAGCCCAGGUUACUGUCUCUGGAGUGACUGAGACUUCUACUGCGGAGGCGGUUUAA